GGAGGAGAACGUGGAGGAGGCGGAGGGAGGAGGAGGUGGUGAAGGUGGAGAAGAAAGAAAGAGAAAAAAGGAGAGCACGCGUCAGGUCAGGAAAGACGGGGUACGAUCGAAGCGCGUUCAAGGGAAGGAAAAAGGUCGAGGGAGAAACGAGGAAAUCGAGCGAAAACGAGGAGAAGAAGGGAAUCGAAAGAGAGAUUGGCGUAGUUCGCACAGCUUCCGGGGCUCGUGGGUGUUUUUACGAGUACGCGGUGGAUCGAUAGUUGUCUCGCGAGCUCUGGUCGACGGAGCCGCCGUGGUCGACGACGUUCCCACCGAUAGAAACGAUUCGAUACGAUUCGAUUCGUUCGAGUGGCAACCGGAAUCGGAAAAAUCUCGAGCCUCGAGCCUCGAGUCUCGAGUCUCGAGUCUCGAGCCUCGAACGAAACGCGGAGGAUCGCGCGACGAUUACGCGACACUUGGAAUCCCCCGUGAUUUAUGGGGGACUUUAACGCGAGCAGUCUCUUCUCGAACAGCCUGUCCGGCACGAGCAAGUCGUCGAUCGGUAGCAGCGCCAACACCGCCGUAACCAUAACGACGUCAACGAUGCAGGACGACCUCUUGAUCGAGAAACAGGCCGGUGGCAAAACUGCGCCGUUGUCGCCGAGCACCGGCUUGGAUACCGUGGCUGGACAAGAGAAGACGAAGGACGCGGUCGAGGUCGAAAGUAUCGCUAUCGCGGCGACGACGACGCCCUCCUCCGGCGAGAAAGAGAUCGCGUGCAGCACCAGCUCGACGCUCCAGGGUUUCUCGGAUACGGCCCGAGUACCUAGCCUCUGGUCCGCCCCGGACGACACCGGUCUCCACGCGUUGCCCGUCAACGGUUCGAUCGGGGCCUUCCAAAACUUCCCGUCCGGUGGUCCAGCCGGUUUGUUCGCCGUGCACGCCGCUGCCGCGGUCGCGGCUGCCGCUGGACUUCAAGGAAGGAAACCGAGUCCGACGUUUCCCGGUCACCCGGGCCAGGCGGCUCAUCCGUCUUGCAUCAGUCCGGUCAAGUUUCGGAGGAGUACCUCCUAUCCCGGAAAGGGCAACAUGUACCCGCCCCAGCCCGCGCCUACCUUCGAAGUUACCGCCGCCGAAGAGAGGGACUUGCUCCAAUUGCCACCGUUUCAGCAGGAUCGUAUGACGGCUAAUGGAAAUUCGCCGUUGGACAGCAUGAGGACGUUGGAGCAUUACUUGAGCGACAUCAUGCGAGCCGGUGCGGCCGACACACCGGAGCACGUAAAAGGGUACAUGAACUGCAAUGCCAGCACGCUGCAAUCGCUCGCGCAACUACACGGUAAAUCACCGUUCUUCCCGAGUCUCGAGGAUCAAAGCGGAACCCUGCUGGAGGACCCGAACGCGCCGAGCCAGUUGGACGGCGUCGGUGUCGGCGUGAGCGUCGGUGUCGGCGUCGGCGUCGGAGUUGGCGUCGGAGUCGGUGUCGGCGUCGGUGUCGGGGUCGGAGUCGGCAGCGGAAUAACAGGAUCUCAAGCGGCGCCGCUCUCCUCGCCGAGUCGGAGCAGUCCUCACAGUCAGGGCAGCGAAAACGGAGAACGUUUCUCGAGGAAAGUGUUCGUCGGUGGACUACCGCCGGACAUCGACGAAGAGGAAAUCAAAGCCAGUUUCCGUCGUUUUGGAUCGCUGGUCGUCGAUUGGCCACACAAAGCGGAGAGUAAAUCCUACUUUCCACCGAAGGGCUACGCUUUCCUGCUUUUCCAGGACGAAGCUUCGGUGCAACAGUUGAUCGACGCGUGCAUUCAGGACGAGGAGAAACUGUAUCUGUGCGUGAGCUCGCCGACGACCAAGGACAAGCCGGUGCAGAUUCGACCGUGGCGGUUGAGCGACGCGGACUUUGUUCUGGAUGCGUCGAUGCCGUUAGAUCCGCGGAAAACGGUGUUCGUCGGCGGUGUGCCUCGGCCGUUGAAAGCCGUCGAGUUGGCGAUGAUCAUGGAUCGGCUUUACGGAGGCGUGUGUUACGCGGGCAUUGAUACCGAUCCAGAGCUGAAGUAUCCGAAAGGAGCCGGCAGGGUCGCUUUCAGCAAUCAGCAAAGCUACAUAGCUGCCAUAUCGGCUAGAUUCGUUCAGUUACAACACGGCGACAUAGACAAGAGGGUCGAAGUCAAGCCGUACGUUCUGGACGAUCAGAUGUGCGACGAGUGUCAGGGACAACGUUGCGGAGGCAAAUUCGCGCCGUUCUUUUGCGCGAACGUUACCUGCUUACAGUACUAUUGCGAGCACUGUUGGGCGACGAUUCACUCGCGGCCAGGUCGGGAGUUCCACAAGCCGUUGGUGAAGGAGGGCGCGGAUCGACCUCGAGCCGUCUACCGCUGGUGUUAACCCCAGCCGCGUUGUCCUUAAUUAUCGCGCAACCCUAGCUAAUUAACUACCACUUCUACGAACCACCUCCCCUUUAUCCACGAGACCCUCCAACGACCGCCCGCCGCUCGUCACCCGACCACCCACUCGCCCCAUCCAUCCAUUCAUCCGCUCUCUUCGACCCGUCCGACAGUCCGCGCCUCCCGCCCUUGUCGCUUGCUUACCUACUACCGAUACGUGCAAUCCCGAAAACCACCGCCGUUACUCGCUACCUAUUCGACCCUUCCUACCACCGCUAUUCUAUUACCGCCACCACCAUCGUUAUUAUCGCUACUCUACUAUUACCGUUCUAUCGCUACUACCACGCCAUUACUAUUCUACUACGAGCUACUUCUCUACUCCGCUAUCCACUGCUACUUGGACGCGUUUACCGGAUACUCGGCGAACGAACCAGUCGUCGUUUUCUGCCAGCAGCUCGCCGAACGAUGGAAGAAACCGAGGAAUCGACGAGAAGAAAUCACCGAGACUCUCGUCGAGAAGAGGAACUCGCGUUGUCGUCGAACCAUCGUUCGUCAACGUAUCGUGUCUCUUACCGAUAUCGAACACGCGUUAGUUACCGAAUAUUACGAAUUUCAGUGGAGAGUUUCAAAUCGAGACUCGCCCGCGGUCGCCUCUUUCGAAUCCGACGAAGCGCGAGUCGCUCUUCCCGGGACGCUCGUUUCUUUUCUCUCGGCGCUCCGGGGUGGCAGAGCUUCUCGCGUCGAUCGAAGAACGUGCUUUCGUCGCGGGAGAUCGUUCUUCGUUUUCUCUCCGACUCUUCCUCUCUCUCUCUUUCUCUCUCUCUCUCUACCCUUUUUCUUCACUUCUUCUGGUCUCUUCGUGUCUUCGUUUCGUUGGAGCGAAUCUAUCAAAAGACGACUUACUCGUCGACGGAGAACGGACUCGUGUUCUUCUUCCUCCUGAUCGUUUGUCUUCUGUUCGAACGGGCUAGGGGUAAGAAGAAGGGAAAUCGAAGAACGAGAGGGACACCGUAUCCGAGGCAGAUUCCUUUCCUGUGAUCCUCUUGUCCGCUCGAAGGCAAAGAUCGAGAGAGAAUCGAAACCCCGAUUCGUCGCGCCUCGAAGCUACGGUCGGCUCUUCGUCGAUGGACGUUGGCUUCGGCGGGCGAAAGAGGCGAGCGCGAACGCGAAUAGAAACGGUAAGAAAAAUAUAUACCGAGUACCUGACAGGGCGCGAAAGUACGACGAAAGGUCGAACGAAUGGACGAAAAUACGAGUGAUGGGGCGACGGACGGGGAAACGAGCGCGAAGAGAGGGUGGGAAGAGGAAGAAUCGUCGAGGCAAACGCUGGUAGAAACGCGGCCGAGAGUGAUAGAAAAAAAUAAAUAGAGACGCGAAACUGGGAGGCGUACCAUUCGUAUCGAACGUUGAAUAGAUAAUGAAAAACAUCCACGCUUCGAAUCGCUGUGUAUUAGAUAAUUCUCUGUAUCACGGUCUUUAGCUAUUAAGAACUUAUUGAAUAUGUUACAUAGGUGCGUUAUAUAUACAUACAUACAUACAUACAUUUAUAUAUAUAUAUAUAUAUAUUAUAUUAUAUUAUAGUCGUGCGUUUUUCGCGUAAACAGCGCGAUCACGCUCUUAGAAAGAAUGUUUGGAUGAUGCAAACGAUUUUUUACUAAUUAACUUAUUCGAGUGCAAAACGUAGCAAAAAUUUAGGGGACGGGGGGAGAGUGAAAACGAGAAAGAAAGAGAGCGUACGUAAUAGUGAGAAUGCGCGCGAGAGAAAGAGAAGAGGGAAGGUGCGCAAGAAAGUAGGGCGAAGGAAUAGAGGAGGUUUAGAGAAAAAAGUUAGUCGGAACGCGGUCCUUUUCAGGCCGAAUAAUUCGUUUUCCUCGGAAGAAGAACGGAUCGCAAAAUUUUUUCCCGCGAUAUCGGAGAACGAUUGGAACCUGAACCUCCGCGUUCCCUCGCGCAAGUGUACUCGACGCUCUUCCGCGACGAGGAGAUCGUCCCGGAAGAAACCGCAGUCGAGAUCGUAGGAUAAUUACUCUUUAUACGUCCGGUAGAAGAAUCACGAAUAAAACGCGCGCGGUUUCGCGCGAAACUAGAUCGGUAUAGUAAAUCGCGCGGAUCCCUCUUCUUGUAUAUAUCGUUUCCUCUCGAUAACGGGCCGCGUUAAACGGCGGUGCGCGUUUUCUUAAUCCUAACGAAUUUCUUCGCUCGAUGUAUAUAAUCAAGUGCAGCGAUGCAAUCGACGUAGUUCAAAUGAAAUCUCGUCUCGAAAGAGGCGCGUUAUCGCGGAUUCUAUUCUUCGAGAGAGCAACGAAGGGUGUUCUCGGUGGCGAUUCAAGCGUCCUUUUCGACGAGUCGAUAUUUCGAAGACGACGCGAAGAGCCACUCGUACGUAACGUUGCGUGUUCCGCUUACUAGAUGAUCGUUCUAUUCGUAGCAGCAUCUCAUCGUCAUUCGAAAACCGUAAGCUCGUAGAUUAACCUCGCACCACGAGUCUCUUUGACGACGCGCUCUCGCGUGUACGCGUGACGUGCGCGUAUCACGUACCACGUACAACAUACAUACACUCGUACACACGCAUCUAUCGUACCGCAAUCUUUUAGUCGUUCGAUAACGAAAUCGGUAGAAGGUGAUAACGAAUCGAUACGUUGCGUACAUCUUGUAACGAAGAACGUUGAAUACACACGAAUGUACGUAUAUAAUUAUGUAUGUAUUACGCGUUUGUACACAAUUAUAUACGUAUAGACACAUAUAUAUACACACACAUAUAUAUACAUAUAUAUAUUUAUUUUUUUGGUACUCUUUUUGUAUAUACUCGUCACCGUAGGUAAGGUGACAUCUAGGCACCGCACGGGGUACGGAUGUACGCAAGAGAGAGAGAAGGAUGCACGCGGGGGAGAAAGCGAGCGAAUGAGUGAGAAAGAAGCGGAUCGGAAGCACUCGGGAGAGAUUGGUUAACGACGAUCCUCCGUCCCUUCGUUCGUACGAAUUCGUAUCGAUGUCAACGUUUCGGAGCGAUUCUUUCGUUCGUUCGGUUCUCUUUGAGAGCUAGUUUAAUUCUCUAUUAAUGUUUUAUCGGUUAGCGAAUUUAUGAACGUAAGGGCGAGGUCUGCGAGCGAGAAUGAGAAUCGAGAGAACGAAAGAAGAGCGUUAGUUAGCGUAAUUUUUCGACGGUCGAUAUUGUGAACGAGGAAAGCGAAACUAAGUUAUAAUACGUCUCGCGAUGCACACGCCUCGAGAAAUCGGUGAUACAAAAUUCUAACCGUAAUUCCAUCGAGUCAGCAGGAGGCCGUCUCGCGAUUCGUACACUAGGCGAAAAUUGACGAUGUCCGAAACGCUUUCGCGCGUGGUCACGCACUCGUACGAAACCGAUACGUACUCGCGCGAUCUCGUUCGUGCACGGAGAUGGAGCUCUCCCCAUUCGAUAUGAUUCUAGUAAAACUGAACUAGGUACCAAUUCACCUAAAUCAAUUGAUAAUUUAAAAAAAAGUAUAUAUAUAUAUAUAUAAAUAUAUAAAAAAACAUAGAUAUGUAUUUCGAGAACGAAAGGGAGAAAGAGAGAGAGAGAAAGGGUAGCAUAAUGCCAAUACUUGAGAGCAUCAGGUAUUUGGACGGGAAUCGAGAUUUUUCUAGACAAAUUUUUCUAAUAUAUUAAAGAGCGCAGAGUUCUGCCGGAAUCUUGGUACGCACGUUCGAAGAUUGCUCUUUUCUGUCGGUAGACGCGUUAGAAUAAUUCUCUUUCUCGCAUUGGACCGCGUGUUUUAGAACGUACGCGAAUGAUUUGUGGAAUCGUUCGAGAGGCCGCGUGCGCAUACGUAGGAGUUUCGUCGCUUUCGAAACGCGCGUCGCGGCGAGCGAAUCGAUCGGAGACUCGGUUUCCGGGGGAUUUAGGCAAAGAAAAUUAGGAAAUUUGAUCGCGAUUCCGACGCUGGAUUUAUUUCGCGUUGGCGCUCCUUGAUCGCUCGACGCGGACAUAUCACUCGUAAUUUCGAAUGACGCCCGAAAUCCGGAAAGAGGAAACGCGCGAGGGAAAGAGCACGCGGAGAAGGCCGCGAGACGAUAUAAACGCGUUUAUCAACGUCGCGAUUUCAGCUGAAACGACGAUAAUUAACGAUGACUCGUAAGAGAAAUAAUAAAUAAUAUAUUAGGUAUGAUUCUUCACCUCCUUUGUAAUAUGUGUGAUAAAGCAUAAUAUAUAAUAUAACGAUAAAUAUAAAUAUAAAUAUAUACGUGUAUUUAUAUAUUUAUAUUUAUAUACGAGAUACUAAUAUAUAAUUGAUAAUAACGAUCGAAAUAUCUAAUAUAUUAUGACGGAUUCGAAAAGAGUAUAAUUGGAAAGCGCGACACGAAGUGGCAAAAUUGCCGUCGUUCGAAAGGUAAACGAAAUGAUCGGAGGGAACGAGUAACAAUGGUAGUCAUUUACGAUAGAUUUGUAUUUUUCAGUGUUGAAAAGUUUUUUAUACUGCUGUUAUAUUCUUAUCUAAAUAUCUUAGUUCGGAGAAAAUGUGUGAGACGAGGCCCAUGCGAUUAAGUGCAUUUGAUAACGUUGUAGCGCGUGACCGCGUACGCGAGAAUGGACGAGAGAAUGAGAGUAAGUUUGAGAGAACGCGUCGCGAACGAACGAAUCGAAAUACGAUACUUUUCACCGAAUUUCCUUUCGUUUACACGCCGGAUAAGUCUCGAACGCGCGUUGCUCGUCGUUGCGAUCCGAUCGAUUCGGCCGUUCGUGAGACGAACACGAUUCGACUUCGACGCUGAUCCUCAUUUACCAGACUAGAAUAUAGAGUAUUUUUGUUGUUGCCCCGUGUAACUUGUUCAGGAACUCGAGGUUGAGAUCGCGGUCGAUCAAGAGCGCCAUUUUCGCAGCGACGCCUACCUACGUAGCUCUCCGAUCGUAAUUAUGGUUGCUCAUCCACCGACAUUUUUCCUUGUUUUUUUUUUUUAUUGUCGGAUACGUAUUAUUCUAGACGACAUAAGUUUCGUUAAGAUUCUCCCCGUUUUGUUUUCUGUAUCCGUCUUUUAUCUUUGUCAUUCUUGCUUCUCGUUUACCUCGUAAGCAGAGUCGAUUUUUACAACUUUUGUACCGAUUUCGUAGGCACGCACGGUUUUCCGAUACACCGUUGUACAGGCUUUUCUAUCGCGUGGAACGUUUUCCUAUUUUUGUAAUACCUUUCUGUUUUUCUUUCUACAAAUUUUUAUAUUUUCGCUAUGACGAUUACUAUUAGUUCAUAGUGCUUUAACGCGAUUAACACUGUUACGAUUAUCAAUAUGCUAUUCAAUUAUUAUUAUUAUUAAUUACUAUUAUUAUUAGCAUUAUUACUAUUAUUAUUUUGCUAUAGUUACUGAAACUCACGCAGUUACGGUUACUACUAUUAUAGUCUACUAUUAUACAUGUACACAUGUAUCUCCAUGUACCAAAGAAACAGUCAAACGUACUUGUACAUUUGAUGUAUACAUGGGCACGUGCAAGUUAGGCACUGCUAGAAAAUAUAUAUGCGUAUAAAGUUCAUUUGGACGCGGUAUAGUUAACGAUUAACUUGCACGUUCGUCAUUUUUUUUACGCUUUUGCUGAAAUUUUCGUGUUCUCGUUCGUUGAAGCACGAAUUUUCGAAGCGAAACUGAGAAAGCCGAGAAUCGAAGAGCAUCGGAAAUUUCACGGCGACGAAGGAGUUUCGGGAAUCGGUAGAACGCCGAUCGAGACGUCUACGGGGUAGGCACCUUUCGAAUCGAUCGGUCGUAAUUGGUGGAUCGAGCGAGGUGAAUCCACUGCGCCCGCGGUACUGGUCGCGCGACUAUGCUAACGCUUUAGAUACGUUUAAAUGUAAAUGUGGGAUACAGCCGUAAACUUAACGUAUGUUCGCGUAUAUGUUUUACCGAGACACUUAGAGCGUAAACCGUGAUAAGGCUAUAAGACAGUAUAAAACUGGAGCUGGGAGCCGUGCAAUGUUCUUACCGGGCGAAAGGAAGCGUAAUAGCGACGAGCGAAAGGGUGCGAGUGGAAGGGCUGAGAGCGGAAGAAAGGGGAUGGCCAAGUUGGGAAUUUCUGAAUGACGAACCGAGGGAAGAAGAUAUUUUUUUAUUUUUUUAACAAGACCCUGAAAAAAAUUAACAAAAUACUUUACGCAGAAAUCGAGGGGGAGGGGAACGAGGGCUAGGGGAGAAAGAGUGCGUGUGUCGUGUGUGUUUGCGCAUGAAUGAACAAAUAAUAAAACGAAGCGCGGAGAAUAGUAAUAUACGAAGCUAAGUGCAUCCCAGAGGCGGGCACAGUGCAUGCGUUUUUUACGUAGUAAUAGAAAGUCUGACUGCUUUUGUUUUGUGGAAGUUUUUAUGGAGAAUAGUAAAAGUCCUUUUUAGAUGUAUAGAAAGAAAAAAAAUGCAAAAAAAAGGAAAGGAAAAGAGGGAAGAACGAAGCGAGAGAUGAAAGUGAACUUUUUUAAAAAUGUCGUUUCGGGUUUCUACGUAUCUUUUUAUGUACAUUUAUACGUGAACGUUUGUUUUUAUUGUAAAAAUUUCGCCGUCUGUAUUCGUAAGUUAUCGUAGAAGUCUGUUGUUACUAAUACUAUUUACUUAAGAUAGCCACUUUUUGUCCUAGCGUGUAAUUGCGAAGGCAAAUUUCUAUGAGUUUGUAAUAUAAUCGACGAGGACCAGGCGGACGCGGACGACGACGAACGGGACGACGUAUGGACGGUAACGACGAUAAAAUUAGAGAAAAUCUUACAAGUGCAACUUAAGUCUUAACUCAAAGUUACCAAACCACGCGCGAGGUUUCGUACUCGAAGGAUAUAAUUUUUUAUUAAAGCAACUUUUUGCGGAGCUCGUUUAACGAU